AACGCUAUAAAAUCCAUCCAAGAACCAGCUCCCGAUAAGCCAACUAUUUACCCGGUCGGACCGUUGGUUAACAUGGGUUCGUCGGACCCUAACCGGACCGACGAGUCAGAAUGUCUAAAAUGGCUGGAUAACCAACCGCUCGCUUCGGUUUUAUACAUCUCAUUCGGAAGCGGAGGAACACUCACUUGCGAACAGCUCAACGAACUGGCUCUUGGUCUAGAGAAGAGCGUUCAACGUUUCUUGUGGGUUAUACGGAGUCCAAGUAGUUCGGCAAACUCGUCCUUUUUCGAUUCACAUAACCAAAAUGACCCCUUGUCAUUUUUGCCGACCGGAUUCUUGGGCCGGACCAGAGACAGGGGUAUGGUGGUCCCUUCAUGGGCCCCACAAGUCCAAAUACUGGCCCACCCAUCUACGGGCGGAUUCUUGACGCACUGCGGAUGGAACUCGACACUAGAAAGCGUAGUGAACGGUGUGCCGCUCAUAGCAUGGCCGUUGUACGCAGAGCAGAAGAUGAACGCUUUGUUGCUGACGGAUGAAAUCAAAGUGGCAUUGAGGCCUCGGCCGAGAAGCGAUGGGAUAACAGGG